UUCUGCUUUUGACACAAAAACUGGGUUGCGUGUGGCAGUGAAGAAGCUGUCCAGACCUUUUCAGUCCAUCAUUCAUGCCAAAAGGACCUACCGAGAGCUGCGGUUACUUAAACACAUGAAACAUGAAAAUGUGAUUGGUCUGUUGGACGUCUUUACACCUGCAAGGUCUCUGGAAGAGUUCAAUGAUGUGUACCUGGUGACACAUCUCAUGGGGGCAGAUCUGAACAACAUCGUGAAAUGUCAGAAGCUCACGGAUGACCACGUUCAGUUCCUCAUCUACCAGAUUCUCCGAGGUCUAAAGUACAUACACUCAGCCGACAUCAUCCACAGGGACCUCAAGCCCAGUAAUCUAGCCGUGAAUGAAGACUGUGAGCUGAAGAUUCUGGAUUUUGGACUGGCUCGGCAUACUGAUGACGAAAUGACAGGCUACGUGGCCACCAGGUGGUACAGGGCUCCUGAGAUCAUGCUGAACUGGAUGCAUUACAACCAGACAGUGGACAUCUGGUCAGUGGGAUGCAUAAUGGCUGAGCUGUUGACCGGAAGAACAUUGUUUCCUGGUACAGACCAUAUUGAUCAGUUGAAGCUCAUUUUAAGACUCGUUGGAACCCCAGGGGCUGAGCUUUUGAAGAAAAUCUCCUCAGAGUCUGCAAGAAACUAUAUUCAGUCAUUGACCCAGAUGCCGAAGAUGAACUUCGCAAAUGUAUUUAUUGGUGCCAAUCCCCUGGCUGUCGACCUGCUGGAGAAGAUGCUUGUGUUGGACUCGGAUAAGAGAAUCACAGCAGCCCAAGCCCUUGCGCAUGCCUACUUUGCUCAAUACCACGAUCCUGAUGAUGAGCCAGUGGCCGACCCUUACGAUCAGUCCUUUGAAAGCAGGGACCUCCUCAUAGAUGAAUGGAAAAGCUUGACCUAUGACGAAGUCAUCAGCUUUGUGCCACCACCCCUCGACCAAGAAGAGAUGGAGUCCUGAGCACCAGUUUCUGUCCUGUCGACCCCACUUCACUGUGAGGGGAAGGCCUUUUCACGGGAACUCUCCAAAUCUCAUUCAAGUGCCUCUUGUCGCAAAGAUUUCCUUCAUGGUGGAAGGGGUGUGUGUGUGUGCACGCGCAGCAUGUGUGUGUGUGUGUGUGUGUGUGUGUGUGCGCGCGCGUACAUGUCCUUAUGGAAGGAUAGGAGUAUAAUAAGAGCAAUUAUGAUUACAGUGAGGUUAGGUGGAGUUACAGAUGCUCACAGCAGCCUCCUGACUCAGGCAGACAAGGGCUGCCAUCAUGUAAGGGAUGUUAAA